AUGGAAGCAGGAGAAGAUUGUUGCGUGAAGGUUGCAGUCCAUGUGCGACCGCUCAUUAACGAUGAGAAGGUUCUAGGCUGCAAAGAUUGUGUAACCGUCGUUCCUGGGAAGCCUCAGGUACAAAUUGGUGCCCAUUCCUUUACAUUUGAUCAUGUUUAUGGGGGCACUGGUUCUCCCCCAUCUGCCAUGUUCGAUGAAUGUGUUGCUUCCCUUGUUGAUGGUUUGUUCCAAGGAUAUAAUGCUACUGUUCUGGCAUAUGGUCAGACAGGUUCUGGGAAAACAUACACCAUGGGCACUGGCUUUAAAGAUGGUUGCCAAGCAGGAAUAAUACCCCAAGUUAUGAGUGUCUUGUUUAACAAAAUUGAGACCUUAAAGCAUCAGAUUGAAUUUCAGUUGCAUGUUUCCUUUAUUGAGAUUCUUAAAGAAGAAGUAAGAGACUUGCUGGACCCAUCCUCUAUGAGCAAACCAGAAACUGCAAACGGACAUGCAGGGAAAAUGACUAGUCCUGGGAAACCGCCAAUUCAAAUUCGUGAGACAUCAAAUGGUGUUAUUACCCUAGCAGGAUCUACUGAAGUCAGUGUGACAACACUAAAAGAAAUGGCUGCUUACCUAGAACAAGGAUCAUCGAGUAGAGCUACUGGGAGCACAAAUAUGAACAACCAAUCCAGUCGUUCACAUGCCAUCUUCACCAUCACAUUAGAGCAAAUGCGGAAGCUCAAUAGUCCUAGUGAGAUCAGUUUAAAUGAUACCAUGAAUGAAGAGUAUCUUUGUGCCAAGUUGCACUUAGUAGAUCUUGCUGGAUCAGAACGAGCUAAAAGAACAGGGUCUGAUGGUCUGCGUUUUAAGGAAGGAGUUCACAUUAACAAAGGCCUUCUAGCACUCGGUAAUGUGAUUAGUGCCCUUGGUGACGAAAAGAAGAGAAAAGAAGGUGUUCAUGUUCCUUAUAGGGAUAGUAAACUUACUAGGCUUUUGCAGGACUCACUUGGCGGUAACAGCAGAACUGUUAUGAUAGCCUGCAUAAGUCCUGCUGAUAUUAAUGCUGAGGAAACCCUUAAUACUUUGAAGUAUGCAAAUCGUGCGCGCAAUAUCCAAAAUAAGCCUGUUGUCAAUAGAGAUCCCAUGUCCAAUGAAAUGCUAAAGAUGCGACAACAGCUAGAGUAUUUGCAAGCAGAACUUUGUGCUCGUUCUGGUGGCUCUUCUGAGGAAGUUCAGGUCCUCAAGGAACGAAUUACUUGGCUUGAAGCAGCUAAUGAGGAUCUUUGUCGUGAACUUCAUGAAUACCGUAGUAGAUGCUCUGUUGUAGAACAAUGUGAAAAGGAUGCUUAUGAUGGUAGCACAUACAAUGUAAAGACUGAUGGGCUUAAGAGGGGCUUACCUAUCACAGCCUCUGAUUAUCCAAUGGGUGAAACAACAGCAGGGGAUUCAAGGGAAAUUGAAGAAGUAGCAAAAGAGUGGGAGCACACACUUCUGCAAAAUACUAUGGAUAGAGAGUUACAUGAAUUGAAUAAACGCUUGGAGCAGAAAGAGUCUGAGAUGAAGCUUUUUGGAGCAACUGAUGCUGAAGCACUCAAGCAUCACUUUGGGAGGAAAAUAAUGGAACUGGAGGAUGAGAAGAGAGCUGUGCAGCGAGAGAGGGAUCAUCUUUUGGCUGAAGUUGAAAAUCUUGCUGCCAAUUCUGAUGGACAAACACAGAAAUCAGAGGAUAUCCAUGCCCAAAAAUUGAAAGCACUUGAAGUCCAGAUUCUGGAUCUGAAGAAGAAACAGGAGAACCAGGUUCAGCUUCUGAAGCAAAAGCAAAAAAGUGAUGAAGCAGCAAAGCGACUGCAAGAUGAAAUACAAUCUAUAAAGGCCCAAAAGGUUCAAUUGCAACAAAGGAUAAAACAAGAGGCAGAACAGUUUCGCCAGUGGAAGGCUUCCAGAGAGAAAGAGCUGCUGCAAUUAAGGAAGGAAGGAAGAAGAAAUGAGUUUGAAAGGCAUAAGCUGCAAGCUUUAAAUCAGCGCCAGAAAAUGGUCCUUCAGAGAAAGACUGAAGAAGCUGCAAUGGCCACCAAGAGGUUAAAAGAGUUGUUAGAAGCUCGUAAAUCUUCAAACCGAGAUACUUCAGUUACAAUGAAUGGAAGUGGAACAAAUGGACAGAGCAAUGAGAAAUCCUUCCAACGGUGGCUUGAUCACGAGCUAGAAGUCAUGGUAAAAGAGCAUGAAGUUCGUUUUGAGUAUGAGAAGCAGAGUCAAGUGCGAGCUGCUAUUGCAGAGGAGUUAGCCAUGCUGAAGCAAGUAAAUGAGUUUGCUGCCAAGGGUCUCAGUCCUCCAAGAGAAAAGAAUGGAUUUGCUAGAGCAUCCUCCAUGUCACAAAAUGCAAGAAUGGCCAGAAUAGCUUCACUUGAGAACAUGCUGAGCAUAUCGUCUAGUUCACUUGUGGCAAUGGCUUCUCAACUUUCUGAGGCAGAAGAACGAGAACGGGCUUUCACUAACCGUGGACGCUGGAACCAGUUGCGCUCAAUGGGAGAAGCCAAGAAUUUGCUUCAAUAUAUGUUCAAUUCUAUUGCAGAUGCUAGGUUCCAGCUGUGGGAAAAGGACAUGGAGAUCAGGGAAAUGAAAGAUCAAAUCAAAGAACUUGUAGGUCUAUUACGGCAAAGUGAGAUUAAGAGAAAGGAAGUGGAGAAGGAACUAAAAGUGAGAGAGCAAGCUGUUGCAACCACAUUGGCUACACCAGCUUCUGGAAACUCUCCAAAUUCAUUGAAACACUGCGCUGAAGACAUCAAGGAACCUUUAUCUCCAGAGUCUGUGCCAGUACAGAAACAGCUUAAAUAUACACCAGGCAUUGCUAAUGGCCAAUUGAGGGAAUCAGCAGCAUUUAUAGAUCAGAGUAGAAGGAUGGUACCCAUUGGGCAACUGUCAAUGAAAAAGUUAGCAAUUGUAGGACAAGCCUCUGGCAAGCUAUGGAGGUGGAAAAGAAGCCACCAUCAGUGGCUACUACAAUUCAAAUGGAAGUGGCAGAAGCCAUGGAAACUUUCUGAAUGGAUUCGACACAGUGAUGAGACAGUCAUGAGAGCAAGGCCACGUUCACAGGCUCUGCCAAAUAGCAUGUGAAUCUGAUCGUUUUUGUGAUCAGUCAUUUGCUGCUGCUCAUUACCUACAAGAAUGAUCCUAGACACAAAGCAUUGGAAAGAAUUGAAAACUAAGUGCAGUGUUAUAUAAAUGGUUGCUGACAUUAUACAUGUAACCCCAACAAGUUUUGGUUAAUGCUGCCCGAAUCUUGGAAAUGUUUAUGUAGUUACUGCAUAUGGAACAUCUUGUGAGGUGUGUUGAAAUGCUGCCGACAGCUACCCAAAUAAUUAAGCAUAGGAGAUAGUUGCUUGCUUGAAGGCAUUGGUAAAGAUCUUUCCAGACAAAUUAUCUUGGAAGUUUUAUGUUCAUACCAACACUAGAAGAAGAAAAAAAAGGAAAUGUUUUCGUGUGAAGUCUUGGAAAUGUGUAUUGAGGGUCUUCUAUUCCUUACUGUUAGCUUCUAUGGUCUUAGUGUGUUUGAGUCAACCAUGGAUUUUUGUUGACAGAAAUCCUGUAGCAUUCCUCUGUCACAUAGCAACAGAAGGAAAUUCUUCUGUAUUAUUUUUUUUCAAGGGUUUGUGUGUAAAGAACAUUAGUUAUAUUGAAAGGGAGCAUAGUCUACCCAUACAGAUUUUGUAAUAAGUGGAUGGUGAUAAACG